CCUAAUAUAAUCCUCAAAAAAAAUUUGCGAGCAAGAUGUCACUUCAUUUCAAAUCUGAUUUUAAUGGGAGAAAAAAGCCUUAUCUUAGACACGUGAGGGACUGUCUGAGCUUCCAACGCAAUUUUCAUCUUACUCACUAUCUGAACUCUGUGGAAUUGAACUUGACCUCGGGCAGGAAUAUCUCUUGUCAGAAGAAUGCCAUCAAAUUCUGUACAUGCUUGUAGGACUCAUUUCUGAAGACGGCAAGAGCGGACAUUUGAUUCAUUGUCCUGCAAUAUCUGGCCUUUUGAAGAAAUGGGACCAAGUAUCGGAGGAAGAGAAAUAUGCACUGCUCACCUACACAUGCGAAUAG